UCCUUCGUCAAGCUAUAUAAGUUGUAGUUCUCUUUUGUUUGCUAAGAACUCCCAAAGGAGGCAAUCUCUACUUUGUAAUUAAGUUUGUGUUGGGAAGCAGUCUGAAGGAUGUCUAACCCGAAGAACGAUGUGGAGGCCGGGAGCAGCCUUUUGUAUCCGUUGAUGCAGGAAAGACCGGAACUUAGAUGGGCAUUUAUUAGGAAGGUUUAUUCAAUACUUACUGUUCAACUUCUUGUCACUAUUGCUUUUGCAGCCCUUGUUGUUGCUGUCCAUCCCGUUGCUACAUUCUUUGCCACCACCAGGAUUGGCUUAGCCGUUUAUGUUGCUAUCGUGUUAAUUCCUACCAUCGUUCUUUGUCCUCUCUACUUUUGCAAACUUAAGCAUCCCUUGAACUUUGUUCUGCUCGGGAUAUUCACUUUGUGCUUUGGUCUCGCCUUAGGCAUCGUUUGUGCAUUCGUUAGUGGGAAAAUAGUAAUAGAGUCAGUGAUAGCAACAACAGUUGUGGUUAUCAGUCUCACUUUAUACACAUUCUGGGCAGCAAAGAGAGGCCAAGAUUUCGGGUUCCUUGCUCCCUUCCUGUUGAGCAUUCUAGUUAUACUUGUGAUGUUUUCCAUAUUCCAGAUUUUUUUUCCUAUGGGGAAGAUCUCCGACAUAAUAUACAGUGGACUCGCUGUGAUAGUAUUUUGUGCUUACAUCAUAUACGAUACUGAUAAUCUGAUCAAACGGAAUUCAUACGACGAUUAUAUCUGGGCAUCCGUUGCCCUGUAUCUAGAUGUCCUCAACAUCUUACUCCAGCUGCUGAAAAUAUUCAGAGCUGCGGAUCGUUGAGAAUAUACCUUCACGUCUCUAUGUAAUCUUCGUGAUCAUUUUACUUGUUUGGUAUGAUGAAGAUUGUUGUUUUUGUGAAGAGAAAUAAACAUCAUGUAGCUGUUUUUUAA